GUCCUCGGUGACGCGACGGAGGUGUAGCCUGACGCGGUCUCUUACGUGUCGGACUAAAUAAAAGUGGAGCUCCGGAGGCCUGGGAGUGACGAGGCGAGUCUGUGUCGGGCUAUCUAGAUGACCAUGGAGGCAGGAGCAGAUGUCCAGCAGGGCGGCGACACUGCGGUCUCAGAGACAGACACUCAGCAGAUUGCCACCUUGGCACAAGUUUCCAUGGCGGCAGCACAGGCAUCAGCAACUGCACCCACAGUGACCUUAGUUCAGCUGCCCAAUGGGCAAACAGUGCAAGUUCACGGGGUCAUCCAGGCAGCCCAGCCCUCUGUCAUACAAUCCCCACAGGUGCAAACUGUACAAAUUUCUACUAUUGCUGAGAGUGAUGAUUCUCAGGAGUCAGUGGACAGUGUGACAGAUUCUCAGAAAAGGAGAGAGAUUCUGUCUAGACGGCCCUCAUACAGAAAGAUCCUGAAUGAUCUUUCAUCUGAUGCUCCAGCGGUGCCACGGAUAGAAGAAGAGAAAUCAGAGGAGGACUCCACUCCAGCCAUAACAACCGUUACUGUGCCAACGCCCAUCUAUCAGACAAGUAGCGGGCAAUACAUUGCUAUCACUCAGGGUGGGGCGAUCCAAUUAGCCAAUAACGGGACGGAUGGAGUGCAGGGACUGCAGACACUAACCAUGACAAACGCCGCUGGAGCUCAGCCCGGCACCACCAUCCUGCAGUAUGCACAGACCAGUGACGGCCAGCAGAUACUUGUUCCCAGCAAUCAAGUGGUGGUGCAAGCGGCAUCAGGAGACGUUCAGGCUUAUCAGAUCCGCACUGCAGCUGCGAGCACCAUUGCUCCUGGGGUGGUCAUGGCCUCUUCCCCAGCACUGCCCAGUCAGGGAGCUGAGGAGGCCACACGUAAGCGGGAAGUUCGGCUGAUGAAGAACAGGGAGGCAGCACGGGAGUGCCGCAGAAAAAAGAAAGAGUAUGUGAAAUGUCUGGAAAACAGAGUGGCUGUGUUGGAGAAUCAGAACAAAACGCUCAUCGAGGAGCUCAAAGCGCUUAAGGACCUUUACUGUCACAAAUCUGAAUAAGUGCGCUCACGAAAACUUGCUGAACGGAUCUCUUCUGGUGCCUCAAGAGACAGAGACUCUAAACAAACCCACGGGCACCUGCACAGCAGCUCUGUCUCUUCUCAUUUCAAUUUCUUUUCCUUUUUUUAAAAAAAAACAAAACUAUAUAUCAUCUUCUGUAAAAAAAAAAAAAAAAAAAAAGUCCAGUUAUCAGGAAUACAUUGUAAGUUUGUUAGUGUAAACUUUUUUUAUUUUGCUUUUCUCUUCAGAAGAAAGAGAGUCGGUUUCUCUGAGACAGAAAAAAAAAAUUGACACGCAGGGUACAGUUUCGCUAUCAAACACGGUGCCCUACUUAAGGAGCGUGGAGAACCAUAAAGAGCACCUUUUCACUGCAGCAGUGACAGGGAACGAAUGUUUGUGUGGGUUUAUCAUGGAAACAGCCCCGGGUGCUGCUCCUGUCAUCUGAAAGACUUUGCCACACUGCGCCAGUCGCUGAUGGCUCUGCCUGCCAGCAUGAUUAAAGAGGGAUUGAGGUUUUCACUUUUGCAGCAUGAGUCUUUAACGAUCCAGAUUAAAUCAGCUGUGUCCUUUCCUGUUGUUUUACCGCUUCUGUUACUAAUACAUAUACUCAUAAUUUUUGUUCUUCAAAAGACAUGCAGAAGAAUUUUAUAUAUACGUGUCUCUGCUGUGACACGGACUGAUGUGUAAAGCAUCGUUGUCUACCUUUUUAUUUUGUUUUGUUAAGCAGUAUUGCUUUUGUUACAAAGUUAAGUGCUAUAAGGAAAAACUCAGUCACAUUUGUUAACGGAAAUAUAGGUGGAUCCUUUAAGACGUGGAAUGAUGAUGUUUGGAAAAAAGUGUUGUAAAGUAAAUGAAAUAUAUUAUGUGAUUUUCACAA